UAAAUGGGCCCGCUUUCCCAGAUGCGAAAACAUAUGAUAUUCCAUCACCAAAACUCCACCACUAAAACGUUCGACAUAUCUAUCAGCACACAUUUCUAACAUAGAUCCACCCCACAUCAUCUACAUUGAAUAACAGACAAGAUGCAGUGGCUCUACAUCAUUGCCGUUGCCCUAGUCCCUUCCUUCGCUUUUGCAGCUCCUGCUUUUGAAGAGGACUUACACGUGAGGGACGCUGGCAAUAUCCACAUCUGCACAGACAUAAAUUUUCAGGGAACAUGCCUGGAUAUUUUCGGAGGACUCGGCAGCAAUUGGACUGCCAAUUGUCAAGAACUUCCAGACGCGUUUAUUCAUUCAAUCGGUUCUGCUGUGCCAGACCAUGGCGCCCUCUGCCGACUGUACGACUCUGCCCAUAGUGGCUGUACAGGUUCUGGGUUAUCCAUAUUAGAGUAUCCGGGAGACUCGGAUCUGUUCACGUCGGCUGCUGGGAUUGAUGCUGGGCACUCCGCCGAGUAUAUUUCAUGCGUUACUUGUACCGAUUGUUGACAAAGCAACACGGUUCUCGGUGGGAUUGGAAUAGGUAGAAGGAUGUAAACAAAGAACAAGGCAGAUCACCACAUCUACUUAUAAUAAGUGUCACCCUGUAUAAACUGAGGCAAUGAAGGAAUUAGCAGAGGUAAUGAAUCGAAUGUAGAUGUUGGGUUAAUCGCAAUAGAGAGUAUAGUAUGCCCGAAAAUCGACGCGGGGUGUAGAUUACGUUAGCAUCUUGGAACAUAAUCAAAAGAGUUAACCGC